AUGGAUGGAGCAUCCGGUCUGAAUUUACUAAUGAGCGAGUAUUUUUCCGGGGAUCCCAGAGAGAUAGUCUCAGCUGAUGAGUUUGAUGCUUUUAAUAGUGACGAAAGUGCAGAUGAGAGAGAGAUCCUGAAGAUGGAGGCUGCUCUAAAGCAGAAGAGGGAGUUACUCAUGAAGAAAAAAAUGGAGAAAAUUGCUGUACCAGAGGAUACACGUGUGAUGGUACCUGGAUCGCCCAAAAAAAACAAGAUCGAACAGCGACCUGCUUCAACCGCCUAUUUUGAGGAACGAAAGGCCGAGGAAGCCCUCAAGGAAAGGAUCAGGCAGGACUCGUUACAAAGACAGCAAAGUAAAGCCUCUUCGUUUGCGGAUAGAUUUAUUCAGAACAAGAACAUCAAAAUUAAAGAAACUCAGAAGCAAAAAGAGAUUAUGAUUAGCAGAGUGUACUCCUUUUCACCAGGUCAGAGCCUCGAGUCAGUGACUGAAACUGUUGACGAACGAGAAACGUACUCGGGCAUUAACAUAUCGAAGAGAUACGUGAAAGCGUCAGGAGUUGAUGAAGCCAUGAAGGGAAAAAAGAUCAUGAGAGUAGACAAGCUUCUCGCCGAGGUUUGUCCUCCCGACUACGUACAGCCUUCCUAUCCAAACUGGGUCUUAUUAGGAAUUGUGAUAUCCAAGGCUGAGGCCAAGAACACAUCCGACAACAAAUCGAGAUAUGUCACAAUCCACAUCUCCAAUUUCAAACAGAAAGUUGCUCUGGUUCUGAUGGGAAAGGCCGUUGAAAAAUACUUCAAGCUUAGAAUGGGUGAUGUGAUAGCUGUAUUGAAUCCUACGGUGUGGCCAUGGAAGGAGAAAAGUAUCACCAGUGGUGAAGUAAAAAGUGGCUUCAGUGUUUCUCUGAAGGAGGACUACGACAGCAUUUUGGAGAUUGGAAAAGCCAGAGAUUUUGCAUUUUGCUCCGCCAAAUCCAGAGACGGGGUCCAAUGCAAAACAGCAAUAGACACGAGCAGGACGGAUGUUUGCGAUUUCCACAGAGAACGCGUUCUAAAAAAGACCACAGCUAGACGAAUGGAGUUCAACACAACGUCAGGAGUGUUACCUCCAAAGAUGAACGGUCAGACACAGCAUAUGUAUAUGAGCACCUCUAAGAAAAAUGGAGGGUUGAAAGGUCAGCUCAUAGGGGAUUCUUUUCUCACUGGAACGACGUCAAGGGUAGUAUCUGCCAGUGACGACCCCAAUUCUGCAUUCUAUAGGGAAAACUAUCAGUCCUCCUCACUGAUCAGCGACGCAAAACGAGACCUUCGCAUAGCCCAAGCAAAGAAAAAAGAGAGGGAGCUGCAGAGAAAGCUCAUGGACAUGACUGGGGGUCAUUCAUUGAGAGACGAAAAUCUUGAAACCACAGAAGAACGGCAGCUAAAGGUCAAGGCCAAGAACGUUGCAUAUCCUUCGACUGCUCUCAACAAAAUCGGUUUCAAUCCAACACGCCGGGUGUUUGAUUCGCGAAAGUCAAAUAAAGGCAAACCCGAGUCCAAUAUAGUAUAUGAGUUAAAAAAGGAGAUCAGCACCACUAAGGUGCUGACACCGACUGAAGACGCCGUUCUGAAGAGAAAACAGAGCUGGAAACAGAGAAUGGCAGACCUAAAGCGUUCCAAACAGCCAAUAGUCAAGGCUCCAGUCAAAGAGGUAUUCAGCUCCGACGAUUCGGAUUUGGAAAUUGAGCCACCUGUUGAUCCAACUCAGCUUGCACAGUAUAUCAAAAUCACUGGUUCAUAG